AUGGCUUCAGCUACUGCUUCUUCAAAUUAUACUGCAUCUGCCGGAGUAACUUCUUCAAAUUAUCUAGCUACUUCUUCUAUUAAUAAUAAUGUGGUACCUAAAUUUAACGAAUAUAGAUCACGAGUUUUGCUUGGUGAUCUUCCAGAAGAUUUUCUUCGUAUACAAUUUACACAAACACAAAUCUAUAAUCCAACAGGACAAGGAAUGAGACAAGGUUAUUCACCUAUACAAUUUCAACAACAACAACUUUUUCAAAAUCCAAAUUUUCUUGGCUAUUUUACAUUAACAAUUGCUGAAGCAAAAUUAGUCAAAAAUUCCGGUCUAUUAGGUUUGAUUAAAAUGGAUCCAUAUGUUAGUUUUCGAAUUGGUCAUGUAGCAUAUGAUACACCAACAGCAACUGGUGGUGGAAAAAAUCCUCAAUGGAAAGCUUCAUAUCGCAUUAAUUUAUUCAAAGGAAUGGAUCGAAUACAUUUAGAAGUAUAUGAUCAACGUAAUUUUACUGAAGAUAGUUUUAUUGGUGAAUGUGAAAUAGUGGUACCACAUGAAGUAAUGGAAGGUGAAACACGUCAAAGCUGGUAUCCAUUAAUGGGAAGACAACCAAAUGCAAAUGAAAUGCAAGGAGAAAUUCUUAUUAUUAUGAGUUUUAUGUCAAUGCGUGCAACAAAUCAACCUGGAAUGGCAAGUUCAACUGAUACACCUGUUACGAGCCCUGAUGGAAAUACAAAUAUACCGAGUGGUCAAACUGCAUCUUCGUUACCAAACCAAUCAGCUAUGAUGACUGAACAACAACAACAACAACAACCAAUAGCAGAACAUUCGCCAUCAGCUGUGCCAAAACCGCCACCACCACCAUAUUCACUUGAAGAUAUACGAACAAUUGAAGAAAUGUUUCCUACAAUUGAUCGUCGUAUUAUAAUUGAUUUACUUGAUCAACAUCAUGGAAAUAAAGAUCUUGUUGUCAAUCAUCUGUUACAAAAUAUUGCUUAA